CAAAAGAUUGGAAGGGCACUAUUUUGGGUCAUGAGUUCGUACAUAUGCGUUGUUGUGCGCAUAUUUUGAAUCUCAUUGUUGGUGAGGGCUUGAAAGAGUUGGAUACUUCAAUUUGUUGUGUGCGUGAUGUUGUGAGAUAUGUGAGGUCGUCUCCAAAUAGGCAUGAAUCUUUUAAGAAGUGUGUGGAGAUGUGUCAAAUUGAGUCCAAGUCUUUGUUAUGUCUUGAUGUACCUACUAGGUGGAAUUCAACUUAUUUGAUGUUGGAGAGUGCUAAAAAAUUUGAGAAAGUAAUUGAGCGUUUAGAGGAGAAGGACUCAAAUUAUCGAUCUUACUUUUUAGAGGGCGAUGGGGAGGAUGGAAGUGGUAAAAAGAAGAAGUCAUGGGGUGCUCCAACAGAGGGUGACUAGGACAAUUGUAGACUAUUUUUAAAAUUCUUAAGGCUUUUCUACAAUGCUACUAAAAGGUUUUCAGGCUCCCUUUAUGUGACUUCUAAUUGUUUUUUUGAUGAGAUGUUUGUUAUUCUAACAAAAAUUGAGCAAUUAAGUAAAAAAGAUGGGAGGGAAGAUGAAUUGCUGGGUUUAAUGGCAAAAGGAAUGAAAGCAAAAUUUGACAAAUAUUGGGGUAAUGGAGAUAAAAUAAAUCUGUUGAUGUAUGUUGCUGUGGUUCUUGAUCCACGAAAAAAAUUGAGGUAUGUCCAGUUUUGCUUUUCCCAAUUGUUUGGUGAAAGUGUAGUCAAUACAAUGACUGGUCAAGUGAAAGAUUAUUUGACUCGUUUGUAUGACCAUUACCUUGCAAAUGAUUCAAAUUUUGUGGGAGUACUUGACACAAAUGAACCAUCUAGGAUUGUGAUUGAUGAUGAUUGUGAUGAUCCUCAUUUGUUGAUUGAAUCUCAAUUUAAUACCUAUUUGGAUGCUGAAUUUUCUGUUAUGUGCAAGUCUGAAGUGGACAAGUAUUUGGCUGAUUGUUGUGAAGGAGUGAGAGAUGAAAAAUUUGAAAUUUUGGGGUGGUGGAAAGCUAAUUCUUUUAAGUAUCGAGUGUUGUCCCAAGUAGCUCGUGAUGUAUUGGCAAUGCCGAUUUCAACAGUGGCUUCGGAGUCUGCAUUUAGUACCGGUGGACGCAUUCUUGAUCCUUUUUGAAGUUCUCUUUCUCCUAUGAUGGUUGAGGUACUUGUCUGUACUCAGAAUUGGCUUCAAAGCACUGUGCCAAUCUCUCUUCGCAAGGCAAUGGAUGAUGUUUUAGAAUUUGAGCAGUAUGCCUCAGAAUCAAGUUCAUCCUCAAACUUAAGUUCAAGUCCCAUAACUGUUUAGCAUGGCAAUGGAGCAUAGCUUGGU